AUGAGCUGGGAUCGUGUCAUUCAAGACUCUGACGAGGAUGAACUCCUCGAGGGGGAUGAUCCUCCCACAAUCGUCACUCCCCUCCAUCCCCCGCAGCCCGCAAUACAACAACAAGACCAUGAAUAUGGCCCCGCCAAAUAUGCGACCCAUGAUGCGGUGCAGGAACACGGCUCUGCAGUGGACGAAAGUAUAUUCCCCCAGCUGAAUGUUAAUUUCGACGAUUUUCUCCAGCCGCAGGAAAGUCACCAUGAAAUGAUAUCAUCGUCUCAGCAGCGGCGCGAGGAGAGAUGGAUCCCCUCCACCGGCGAGGGUGGAAGUGGAUCAGUUGGCGCAAUGAUGAACGAAAUUGGACUUGCCCAGAGAAGACUUAUGGACGAUGACCCCUCCACUGCUGGCCAACAGCUUCCAUAUACUGGGACAUUAUAUUCGACUGCAUCUGUCCAAUCUGCGCCAUUUCCUACAAUUCCAAGCUCUCACCCUUAUCAAAUUGGGCCCCAAUCAGGGAGCGAGAAUCUCCCUUACACUUUGGCUCCCAAUGGCACGCAUAUGGCCGGAAACUCGUCCUCACUGGCCAAUCGAAGGGAAAUCUAUGAUUUGACUCCCAUCGAUGCUGCUAAUCAAAUGGACACAUUCUCAAACGGCGUCCCUAGCCAACCUUUAAUGGGAAAUAAUAGUUCAGAUCUAAACCCACACCAGGAUACCUUGCAGCCCAGGUCUCAACAAACAGGCCCGUAUUCCCCCCAUGACACGGAACCUAUGUCAUCUGUCACAUCAAUGCGACUUAGCGGCCCAAAGACCGACACAGCCGGAACCAGUCUCAUCUCCCCGCAACAAUCGCAGACAAGCGCAUACGAUGAACUUGCCUUGCCAGCCGCUCCACCGAUUGCACCACCGCCUGUAGUUGUUGAGCCCCCAACUGCAAAGAAAAAGCGAGGACGGCCCAAGAAACAGUCUUUGCCCGAUGACGACGAAGAUGAUGAGCUAGCCAACUCUCGGGACCACGAGUUCAGGACCCCUGGCCCAAAUGGUGCGAUUGAUCCAUCCGAUAGUAAAGAAGCUACGGAGAAUGACACCCCGGUCUCAAGUGGAGUCUCCGACGAGACUGACGAAGAUAAUUUAGAAGCAGUUGCCCAGCCCGGAAAUUCGGAAGCCAAGGCGUCGAAAAAGAAGAGAACUAAGCAAGCGAAGGCUACACCCACGUCUAAUUCCGUCCCGAGUGAGGAUGGCGUGAUCUGGAUUGACACAAAGCCUAUCGGUGUUGAAUCUGUCAACCAAAACACCUAUCCAAACACGGAAUCAGAGAUCCCAAAGAAUGAUCCUGGCUCUGUGAUAGUGGAUUCCAACCCCCAGAAUCACCCUCAGCCAGCGCAGACAUCGGCACCUGCCGUGGCAAUAGAAGAAAAGCCCCAAUCCACAAACGAAAAGCCAGCACCAAAAAAGCGCGGACGCAAGCGAAAGCAACCCGCCGAACAAGAAGAAACAACUACAACCAAAGAUACACCAAAACCAAAGAAUAUCUCCACAGACGCUCAAACACCCGGAUCAAAGCUCGCCGUUGUCGUGGACAACAGCCCCAAGUCUGCAGAAUUUAACGGUCAAGAUGAAGCACCAGUCAUCAUAGAAGAGCAGAGCAAAGACCUCAUUCCAGCGCCAGCCGAUGAACCCCUUCCACCUACAUCCGCACCUGAACCGCCCCAAACUCCAUCUAAGCCUGAUACUGCGUCUGUCAACACUCCCCAGAACGCAGGGAAGGGCCCGAACAAACACAGUCCUAUCUCGGCUCGGGGUGGAGUACCUUAUCGUGUGGGAUUGAGUAAGAGGGCGAGGAUCGCGCCGCUACUGAAGAUGGUGCGGAAGUAG